AUGGUUUGGUCUCCCCCCUAAUGUUCAGGAUGUGGUUACAGCCCUGGUUUAAGAAAACGUUGAUCUUUACAUUACAUACAUAGUUAAGUUAAAGCGUGUUUUCAGAGGGAGUUUAGUGAUGGCAGUCCACUCCGCGUUUUGUCGGCAGCCGGCGGCGGGCGUUAAAGAGCCGAUCCGCUGCCUGAGGCCGGAGGGAGUGGAGCUCCACUACACGCUCUCGUGUAAGUGCGGUUUAUUACGAUGUUUUACACCGAGACAGCAUGGCAGUGUUAUGAGUAAAAGUUUAUAGUGGACUUAUUGACAAGUUUAUAGUCAUUCGACCGAAUUAGCCAGUUCGCUAAGUGAAAAUGCUGAAGGACCAGGCGUCUUUUACAGGCGUGGAGUAUUAUUAGCAGGUCAGACGUUGCAACUGUCUCUCCGACAUACCAAGGAAUUAUUGUACUGGACGAUAAAUAGGGAAGAUCAAAUUCCGCAUAUGAAAGAUCUUCAAGUUAAAAAUUAUUAUAGCUCCACUUCCCAUGUGUGCUGACUCAUCUUUUAACUCCCUCACUCUCAUGAUUCUUAGCUAUGCCUCAUACUGUUAAACGACCAAAGAAAGUACAGCCUCCAAGAAAACAAAAUGUUAAAAAGUUGAAAUCAUCCACUGGUAAAACGCGAGCAGGGAAUUCAAGCAAUCCCAGAGGGCCAACAAUAGGUAAACGGCAUCCAGUAACCAGAAAGCCCAAAGCAAAGAAACGAGCAACCAGGGUGAUCCAGGGACGUGCCAUCAGCAAGGACACCAAAAAAGCAGUCACAGGAAGAGCAAGCAAGACCAAUAAUACAUUUAACGUUAUAGGAUCUAUCAGGUGCACACGUAGCUCUCAGACCCAAAAUGGCCUGUUUGCAGACCUCGCUGGCAGGAGGAGGUCCUUUCGAGGUAGUCAGUUAUCCCAGAUUGUCUUGCAGGAAGUGAAGUCUCCCAGGAGGCUGGUCACAAAAAAGACCAUCAAAGCCCAGGAGACCACGGAACAGGAUACUAUGAAAAACCCAGAUCUUUGUGACCCUAAAAGUGAUGUCCGACAAGACGAGGCACUUGUUCCCAACGGAGGGCAUCCCACCUUUAACUCAGUUUCUGACGAAGCAAAAGUAGAGGAGGACAGAGAAUCACUUGUUCUCAAUGCUGCUAAGUUGGUGGAGGAGAAGACAGAGGUCACCGCUGAAAUGGUAGAAAGUGAAAACAACCCUGGGCCCAUUCAGAACACUGACCAGCCACACACUGAAUUGAGUGAUUUGCUUGUGAACUCAUGUGACCCGACCGUUAACGUGGACUUUGUUUGUACACUUAAUACCUCAGACCUGACAGUAUCCACACUUUCACAGUCACAUGAUAUUGACCCUCAAAUAACUCCAAAAGACUCUUCUCAGCCAGAUGUCUCUGUGGUGCCCCCUGUAAAUGAAUUACUUCAAGAAUCAGCACACAGUGUGCUUCAGCACACUCCAGAUCCUACCCAAGUGGUGGACAGAGAGCACCAGUGCACCUUAGACCCGAAAGCCAAAGAUGUGAAUGACGCGGAUGUGAAAACCAAAGAUGCGAAUGACAACGACGAUGAGAUGUACAACAAGAAUGAAGGAGCACUGUCACUCCUCUCGUUGAGCGCAGGUUUUUAUUGCAACUCUCUGCCCAGCCUGGACUGUGAGUCUCAAACAGCAACGUAUUUCCUAAAUAAACUGUUGAGCAGCUCCGAGAGCACCCAGUCCUCUUUUGACAAUGAGUCCGAGGCUGGGGGUUCAGUACUGGCUCCAGGACCCGAGGAAGCAGGUGCUUCUUCCUUCCUGGAGGCAGAAUUACACCAGCGUUUACCCCAAGUUCAGCAGAGAAGAGAGAGAAAGAAGAGGAGGAGAUGUGGGGCAUGUGUGCCUUGUCUUCGCAAGAUCAACUGUGGACAGUGCAGCUGCUGCUUAAACCGAAAGACUGGUCAUCAGAUCUGUAAGCUCAGGAAAUGUGUGGAGCUGAAGAAAAGGCCCUUUCCGAUCUCUGCUGGAGAGGUGAGCUGCAAAGAUCUUUCCAAACCACAGAAAAAGAACAGCGUCUCCAAGGUUGAGUCACAGGCCAUCUCAGUAAAUGGCACUAGCUCAGAGCAGAUGGAGGAGGAGGUGCCAGAGGACGAGGCAUGUGAUGUAUCUCAAGAACACUCUGCUCCACCUGAUUCGCCCACGCCUCUCCAGCACAGCCCUGCACCAACACCAGCUGAGAGCGAACUCCGGCCUGCUGUCAGCCACCAGGCACUUCCUACUCACUAUGACUCUCACAAUGGUGCUAAGCAUGUAAAACCAAACACUGAGAAACAUACAGAUCCCACCAAAACACAGUCCGAGCCCCAAAGGACUUUGAACAUGCUCACCAGCAUUCAACCACCUGAGGCACUUCCUGAAAAGAUGGAAAAUGGAAAGAUCAAAAUGGAAGAGCCAAGCACGGUGGCAGAUGAACAAAUUGCAUCCCACUUAGGUAGUAGUGUCUACUUUGAAGAUGCUUUGUCUACACUAGCAACUGUAGUAUGUUCCGCCAUCCCUGAUAGGAAGGUUUUGGAAGAGAAGCUAUUUGGUCCAGAGACCUCAGAUAUCUGUUCUUUAAAAAGUGAAAAUGAAGAACCGUAUCAGAGUCAUAAACACCAAGAACAGACUUUUAACAGUCCAGAAAAUGAUGAUAACCCUCAUCUUAAAGACUCAGUUGCACUGUAUUUUCCUAAUAUCCAGUCUUUAGUUGAGCAUAGGAGCUUAAGCAUUGAUCAGGCCAUAGCUAUUGCGGCCUUAACCGAGUUGGCAGCUACCCCAGAAACCGUGCCCUUCAAAAUAGAUCAUCAGGGUCAGAACCUUCAGAAUGAAAGCACAUUGUCCACAAACUUUGCAUCAAACAAGCCUAUACCUCUUCAAGAAGCUAAAUCUAUAUCAGAGGUUGUUUCCAAUAAAGUCCCAGUAAUUAGUUCAUCAUUGCAUCAGACAUCUGUUAUUUGCAGUCCAUUCAACAGGCAAGAAAAUUCCACCCACCGCAGCACACCCACCCCCCACAGACUCUCUUUACAUGAUCUCUUAAAGGCUAGCUCAGAAUGUGAAAAAAUCUUGCACACCCAAGAGCAUGGAAGAUUAAGUCAAGCACUUUGUAAAACAGAGAGGAUAGAUGGCACUUUUAAAAAGAUCAAACAUGUUGAUAGAACACAUAGCUCAAGGAGGAGAGAUGAAGAGGAGGUUGCAGCCCAGUUGGUACAACUUGCAUUUAUGAUUGAAUCACAGCACAAGCCAGUAUCUUCUGAAAACAGCCCACCCAAGGGAAUGCCAGUUCAGACCACAAAAUACAAUCAUCACACCAUUGGGCAACAUUUAAAAAGGCAAAGGAAACCAAAAUCAACCUCCUCAAGUCCAAGGAUAUCAAAAAAGAGAGCCACUGAGAUUGAGGGAGGGAAUCACAGGAUACCACUAGCCAAGAGAUCACCCAAUGGCAAAGCACUUCUCAAGAUGAAGGGUAAAAGGGAGGCCUUGCAGCAAAAGGCAAAAUUGCACUCCAAAAGAAAUCCGUUUCUGCCCCAGACGCAAAUAGACUUGAAAAAAUACCUAGGACAUGCUAAUAAUGAAAAUAGGCGACUUUUCCAUUUCAGCAACUCCCAUAAGAGAGAGCACUUAGACCUGCAGGCUCUCAUGAGCUCUGGGAACCAGAACACUCAGCAUUUCAAAACAGACCAUGCAGCUCUGGGUCACUGCCAUGGCAACCAGUGUCCACCAAAUGGAUAUUGUCAUAGUCUCACAAAUGGCCACCUAGGUGCUACCCAAGGCCAGAGGCAUGAAUGUGAAGAACAUUUUAUUUCUCAGGUAUCGAAAACCCACAGUGUGCUGAAUCAUGGUGCUAAAUCACAAGCCCCCUGUGCCAUGCCUAAUGUCCAAAGGCCAGACCCAUCAGUGAGUCCAGGGAGGCAACAUAAAGCAAACAGUCUCAACUAUGAGCCACGUCAGGCUUCCGUUGAUCAGAACGGGUAUUACGAAGUAGAGACAUCGGGCUCUGUGACCGUGUUGUCCAUGUCAGCUCAACAUAUGGAAAAUGGUGGUGUAGAAUGUCCCGGAGAACACACUCCCACCAAGCACACACUCAACAGCUUUUUGGAAUCUCCAUUAAACUUUCUGAACACCCCAACUAAGAAUCUGAUCAACACUCCCUCAAAAAGUAUAUUGGACUUCCACUCCUGUGACUGUAUGGAGCAAAUCAUUGAGAAGGAGGAGGGCCCAUACUACACGCACCUUGGAUCUGGGCCAACUGUAGCGGCAGUACGAGAGAUGAUGGAGAACAGGUAUGGGGAGAAAGGCAAAGCCGUGCGCAUGGAAGUGGUGGUAUUUACAGGAAGAGAAGGGCGGAGCUCACAGGGUUGUCCAAUAGCCAAGUGGGUUAUCCGUCGGGGCAGUGAAGAGGAGAAGCUGCUGUGCCUGGUGCGUCAGCGCGCGGGUCACCGCUGCCAGAAUGCAGUCGUGGUCAUCCUCAUCCUAGCCUGGGAGGGCAUCCCACGCAACAUGGCUGAUAAACUGUACCAGGAUCUUACCAAAACUCUCUACACAUACGGAUCGCCUACCAACCGCCGCUGCGCUCUCAAUGAGGAUCGUACCUGUGCUUGUCAGGGUCUGAACCCAGAGACCUGUGGAGCCUCAUUUUCUUUUGGCUGCUCAUGGAGCAUGUACUACAAUGGCUGCAAGUUUGCACGCAGUAAAGUGCCCCGAAAGUUCCGACUGCAGGGUGACUUCCCUGAGGAGGAGGAGAAGCUGGAAAGCAACCUGCAGAAUUUGGCAGAGGAUGUGGCUCCAGUGUAUAAGAGACUUGCACCUGAGGCUUAUCAUAACCAGGUGCGGCAGGAAAAAUUGGGGCAAGACUGUCGUCUGGGCACAAGAGAGGGUCGUCCAUUCUCUGGUGUGACGGCGUGUGUGGACUUUUGUGCUCAUGCUCACAGGGACACACACAACCUGACCAACGGGAGUACUGUGGUGUGCACUUUAACUAAAGAGGAUAACCGUGCGGUGAGAAACAUUCCAGAAGAUGAGCAACUUCAUGUCCUGCCUCUCUAUAAGAUCUCAGAGACUGAUGAGUUUGGGCAGGUUGAGGGCCAGAGGGCUAAGAUGGAGACUGGAGCCCUGCAGGUGCUCUCUUCCUUCCCACGAGAAGUACGUAUGCUGGCUGAGCCUGUCAAGUCUGCCCACAAGAGAAGACUGGAGGCCAAGAGAGAGCGAGAGAAACAGAGCAGCCAGGAAAAGAAGCUGGUCACCCCAGCAAAAACAAAGAACGAGCCUCUCAAAGGUUUUAAAAGCACUUCGCCGAAAUACGAGGCACAGAAAUACUGUCCACCUGUGCAAGUGACUCCAGACAUGGAGACAUGCUUUUUAAGUUUAAUAGAUUCAUCCAGCCCUUACAGCAGCAUGGACUGUACUCCACAAGGGGGCCCUAGUGAACACAAUGCAGCACUUUCUCCCUACUCUAACGGCAACCUGCCUGCCCCUCCCCAGUUCGCAGGACAGAAGCCCUUCAGAAACCAGCAGGAUACACAAGGCUCCUUAGAAACCAAGUCCCAAGGUUUCAGUGACUACCAUUUUGGAGUAAAGACAGAACCCAUGGAGGUGCACUGCUUCCAGGGUGGAGCUUCUCCAAGACUGCUCUCCCCAGCCCAGGCCGAGGGUCUCCACAGUCGACUGAACCAAGCACAGCCAAGCCUGGAUAACAACUACCACCAUGGACCACCCACAACCUUGCGACCCCUGACCCCAGAAGAGGUUAAAGCUGAGGAGGUGUGGUCAGACAGUGAACACAACUUCCUGGAUAGUAAUAUCGGUGGGGUCGCAGUGGCACCGUCCCAUGGCUCCAUCCUCAUUGAGUGUGCUCGGCAUGAGCUUCACGCCACCACUCCCAUCCUGCAGCCUAACCGCAGCCACCCCACUCGCAUCUCUCUCGUCUUCUAUCAGCACAAGAGUCUCAAUGCACCAGGCCAUGGCUUGCUCCAGUGGGAGGCCAAGAUGGCCGAAAAGGCCAGGGAGAGAGAGGAGGCAGCUGAAAGGCUGGGAUCUGAGGCUGCAAACGUGGGAAGGUCAAAAGCAGUUAAGAGAGUUUCAGAAAGUGAAGAGGAAGAUGUGUCGCAAGAUGAGAGGGAGGAGCUAAAUGUCCCUACUCGCCAAUCACUAACAGCUACUCGGGACAACGUCAUCACAUCAUCCCCAUACGCUCUUACUCACGUCACUGGGCCUUAUAACCGCUGGACAUGACCGUGGCCAUGCCACUAAUGCCUUACCUCAGUCAGAUCUCUCUGUUUUUAAAACAUGCCCCCCCCUUAUUUUUUUUAUUUUUUUUAACUUUUCACUCUACAUCUCAGCUUUUCAAAUGAUACUGACUACAUUUGUCAGUUUUUAACUGUGAGAUUUGGUGUCUAUGUUUUUUUUUCUUUCUUUUUUUUUUUUUAAAGAGAUGGUGCUCACAACAGAUGUUUUAAAAGCUGGUUUUAUACAAAGAGAUGGAAUUAGUGCAUAGAAGAUGUGACUAUUUAUUCUGAAUGUUUUUUAUUUUUUGGGAUUUUUUUUGUUUUUGCAACCGUUUGUAUUUAAUUUCUGGUCCAAGCCUGUUUACUGCAAUAUUACUGUGUCAACCUGAAAAUGAUGUGUGUAGUAAACACUCAGAAUUGACAUUGUAAAAUGUGAAUUCUAUUGUUUGUUUGUUUUGGGUUUUUUUGCCUCAGCUUGGGUGCUCUUGUCAAAAAUUCAAUAGUUGCUGUUUUAUGGUGCCAUUGUAGCAGUAACUUUGAAUAACCACAGAAUGACAUACAUUACUAUUUGAAAGUAUUGUGACACAGUUGGUUGUUGGGUAGAUUUGAACAUGUAGCAUUGGUUUUUAUCAUGUAAUGAAGGUACAUUGAUGCUGAAUUAUUCCCAUUACACAUUGCGUUAUUUGAAAAAAAAAAAAAAAAAAAAAAAGCACUUUGAAACAACUUGACUUUUGAAAUGUCCUGUAUGCACAGUUUUUGUUUAUAAGCGACCUCCUUCAUCCAGUAUCUGUAUAUAUGCUUUGCAAGUUGGUUUGAAACCCAUUCAGGAUUUUUUUUUUUUUUUUUUUUUUUACAACCAUGCUUAUGAAAGCAAUAAUCAUGGAAGGUUAUAUGCUGCAUUUUGAUAAUGUGUGGAAUCGAAACCAUUUUAUUACUGGAAUUUGCAUAAAGUACAAUAUUACUAGUUUCCCAGUUGUUUAGGAUUUUCAGCUCCAACAGAGUGUGAAACAAGACUUGAAAUCAGCAUUUUAUAUAAUCUGACGUAAUAUUUUGUCACAUUUGUGUGCUAAAAUGCAUCAAUAGUUUUACUGUAUGUUUCUCCAUGGUGCUUUUUUGAAGACCUACUAUACAUCCAACUGAUAGUAGAUCCUCUCUUUUUUUUUUUUAUUGAUUUAUGGUGUUUUUUUAAUUUGAAAUAAAUCAUGCCCUGUUUUACAAUUUGCAUUCUUUGUAAAUGUCUGAAUAUUAGUUUUUUAAACCAGCAUAUAUUUGUUAACCUGCUACUCCAUUGCGUUCACUGUAGAAAUGCUUUCUAAGUUUUAUAAGUGACAUUUGUUAUUGCAAUUUAGGAAAUCCUAGGUUUUUCCAAUCGUUUUCCUUAAGGUGCUUAAAGUUUACUGUGUAAAUGUAGUAUAUUAUGAUGUACUCCCAAAACUUUUAUAUUGAAAGCGUUUGUGUCUAGAAAAACAUUUCUUCAUGCCAGCUAUGUAAAAUCACUUUUUAUAGGGUUUUUUUCCCCUCCUUACAUCAAAGGCAGAGAAAGUUCUUACAAAAACCAGAUAGGACCUUCUGAAGACAGAAAGUGGCAUGGAUAUAUUCAUUCUAGUGUACAUUUCCAAUUAAAGCUACUUUUGCUGAACAAGGAAAUUGUUGCAUUUCUGAAAAGCACUGAUAUCAAGCACUGAGUGCAGAGCUAUCUUCUACAACAUAGCAAAAUGCUCAUUUUCAUACAUAAACAAAGGCCAAGAAUAUAUUAUAAUAACACUGGGCUGUUACUCUUUGUAGAAACAGAUGCCAUUGGUGUUUAUACACAGCAUUGACGUGUCUGCAGUGACUUUAAUAAAUAACUCAUUCACCAUAGUCAACAAAGUAGUUAUUUGCUGACCCUUUAAAACCUAUAUU